AUGUCGUAUGCUAUAGAUAAUACAGCCAGUAUCCUGACAAGACGAAGAAGAUACAGUCGAACCAGUCAAGAUGUCUAUUACCUCCCGGUUUUGAUUUCUGAUGGUGGAGUGCCCCCUCUGAGCAGCAGCAGCACUCUCACAAUUAGGGUUUGUGCAUGUGAGAGAGAUGGACGAGUGAGAACUUGCCAUGCUGAAGCUUUCCUCUCCUCCGCUGGCUUGAGCACAGGAGCUUUAAUUGCAAUCCUGCUCUGUGUUGUCAUUCUUCUCGCAAUUGUGGUCCUUUUCAUCACCCUAAGACGCAGCAAGAAGGAGCCCUUGAUCAUUUCGGAAGAAGAUGUCCGGGAAAAUGUUGUGACAUACGAUGAUGAGGGUGGUGGAGAAGAAGACACAGAAGCGUUUGACAUCACAGCUUUACGAAAUCCUUCCGCUGCUGAGGAGCUGAAAUACCGGCGGGACAUUCGCCCUGAAGUGAAGCCUGUGCCCAGGCAUCACCCCUCCUCAAGCCUUGACAGUAUAGAUGUUCAUGAAUUCAUUAAACAAAGACUGGCAGAGGCUGAUCUGGACCCCAGCGUGCCCCCCUAUGACUCCCUACAGACAUAUGCCUAUGAGGGUCACAGAUCAGAAGCUGGAUCUAUCAGCUCUCUGGAUUCAGCCACAACACACUCUGACCAGGACUAUAAUUACCUUGGAGACUGGGGACCUGAGUUCAAGAAGCUAGCUGAACUCUACGGGGAAAUAGAAUCAGAAAGAACGACUUAG